CCCUCCUCCAAGAUGUAGAACGAUGCUCCAGCAGUAGUAUUUUGGUGUUUGUGUUUUCUCAACAUUCGCGCAAAUCUAAGCCUGGCGCUCAGUGUCUCCUUAUCACACUCUCUUCGAAUAGUUCCUUUUAUUAAAACUGUAACCUUCAUCGACCUGGCGUCACCUAUUUCGACUUUUCUACUACCUUUAUUUCUCAUCGACCACGAAGAAGAAAAACAUUUAACCAAAACCUACCCAAACACAAUGGAUCUCAAGAGUCGCAUCUCGUCGCCUCUGGAGGCCGGCACCUCUAUUCUCGACGUCCAGCACUUGCCGCCCCAUCUCAACGAGGCUCUCGAGUACGCCUCCAAGCGCCUCGCCAGAAAGGCCCUCCACGUCACCCUCGUCGUCGCCCGCCGCGAGUACCAACUCCCCACCCUCGUCCCCUCCUCCUCCGCCUCCUCUUCGGCCUGCUCCUCGGUCCUCUCCUCGCCGACAAUGUCGCCGGUCCCGGCCUCGGCAUCCAGCACCUCUUCCGUCUCGUCUUCGUCCUCCCGCUUCAACUUCUCCACCAAAUCGCCCGUCUCCUCCUUCAAGAAGCUCGUCCGCACAAACACCGGCUCCAGCGUCUCUUCCGUCUCCUCCGUCUCGUCGGCCGGCAGCAGCAACGCCCCCGAGAGCUUCGUCUUCACGCCCUCUUUCCUCAUGGACACCAACGGCCCGAGACUGAGGUGGCCCCUUUCACCCGGCAUCCCCCUCUCGCCGCCGCCCAUGACGCCCUCGACGGCCUCUUCCACCAUCACCGACGCUUCCGGCCCCAUGUCGCCCAACCCCUUUGGCAUCCGCCUCGUCCACGCCGACCUGCUCACCGACAAGCAAGAGAGGACUCUGCGCCAGACCAUUGAUCGGGCAGAGAGGAAAUUCCGUAUUGGGUACGUGUUUUCCCCCUAAAAGCCCAUCAAUCACCUCACUAACACACUCUCCUCUUCAGAACCGAAUGGCUCCCCCCGGUAGUAGACGGCUCCGCCUGCGGCCUAACAAGCAGCCUCAUCCGCCGCUCCAUCGUCCAAAACGAAGUCCUCUUUGCCGCAGAGGGCCUCACCCUCGUCUCCCUCGACCGCCUCUACACCUUCAAGGCCGCCCUCUCAAGCUACUCCCGCACAAACGCCCCUCUCCGCCUCGAAGACGCCGUCGACGAGCUCCGCCGACUCGUCCUCUCCCGCGCCGGCAACAAGGUCGCAAAGUCGGACAUCCUCCGCUCCUACGACUGGCUCAGCGUCACCGACGUCGCGCUCGCCGACGUCGACAAGAUGUACCGCAGGGCCUACGGCGGUCCCGGCAGGAUAGGUGCCAUCGAGGGCGUCGGCGCCGCGGCGCAGGUGGCGAGGACGGUGAGG